UCCCUUGCGCUGACAGUCCCCGUUUUCUCUGAAACCUGUCCCUUUCUAGGACAGUUUUGAUGAGCCGUGCGGGUCUGCUCCAAUUUUGACUCCCACGUGGAAGGACAGAGCUUGGGAAUUGCCCAGGGAUGACUCAUUAACGCCCUUUCAGAUCCUUCUAGCUGAAACACAGCGCGUUUUAAACUAUAAUGUAAUAUUCGUAGCAUUACGGCAAGGUUUUUGUAAAUAUUUCUCUUACCCCAACAUCUUAAAGCCCUUUAAUUUUAAAAAGGAGAUCUGAAUGAUGCCCUCACUGUGGUAGUUUUUCUCAGCACUCAAGCUAAAAAUAAUUGAUGAGCAAUGAAUUUGUACUUGCUUCUUUAUAUAAUCUGAGGGGGCCAUUCCAGAGGUGCGACUCUUCCAGAAUCAGGCUGGAUGCAUGCGGUUUUUACUUUGCUUAAACUUGAAGCUUUCAGGUCUAGCGUGCAGGUGUAGCUUUACUUGUGUAUUAGCUGCUGAGACUGUGGAGACAGUCAAGGAGCGUCCACAGCGAUCGCCCCAUCUCCCUUGGUGAUGAGUCGGUGGAGAAAACAUCUCAUUAAUUUCCCGGGGUGGUUCUGCAGGCUGUGGGUCUGACGUUGAUUGAGCGGCACAGUCGUGUUGCGUAGCGUUACGGCAAGGUUUUUGUAAAUAUACACUCUGUGUGAGCGUCAGCAAUGCUUUGUUUAGGUGUUUGGUUUUAGCUGGGAUACAUCUUUGUAUUUGGGGUGCUUUUGCAGCUGGAUGUGCCUUCUUUAUAUUUCAUAUGGAAUUGUUGUGAUUAGGUUUGUUCAGUGUUGGCAACUUGGGCAUCAUUUAAAGAUAACAGUCCGUCGCUGAAAUCUGUACCUCAGAGGCUUUAGGAUAAAUCAACUGAUUUCUUCAGUGUGGAGGGGGAACGCCACAAACCUGUGCAGGGAGCGUAGUGCCAUUAAUAAAGGUGAUGAGAGACCACAGGAGAACAGGGCAGCCGAGCCAAAAACCUGCGGAGUUUGAUGUUUAUGCUCUCGCCGACUCCCUGUAGUCUGAAUAGCUGGAAAGUUCCCGGCAUCUCGAGGAGGAAGCUUGGAGAGUCGCUUCUUAUCUUAAACUGGAUGGCUUCUACGGUGAGCCUGGGUAAAGAAACAUUGUUGGAAGAUGGAAUACCACCUGCAAAAAAGCCCAGGAAACUGUUGCCAAGCCUCAAAACCAAGAAGCCUCGGGAACUUGUUUUGGUGAUCGGGACAGGAAUCAGUGCAGCAGUUGCUCCCCAGGUCCCAGCGCUGAAGUCUUGGAAGGGGUUAAUCCAGGCCCUCCUGGACGCUGCUAUUGACUUCGAUCUGCUGGAAGAUGAAGAGAGCAAACGGUUUCAAAAGUGUCUUCACGAAGACAAGAACUUGGUUCACGUUGCCCACGACCUUAUCCAGAAGCUGUCUCCGCGCACAAGCAAUGUUCGCUCAACCUUUUUCAAAGACUGUUUGUACGAGGUGUUUGAUGACCUGGAAUCUAAAAUGGAAGAUUCUGGGAAACAGCUGCUUCAGUCUGUGCUCCACUUAAUGGAAAACGGGGCACUUGUGUUAACCACAAACUUUGAUAACCUGCUGGAACUGUACGCAGCACACCAGGGGAAGCAUCUGGAGUCUCUUGACCUGACUGAUGAAAAGAAGGUGCUGGAGUGGGCGCAAGAGAAGCGGAAGCUUAGCGUCCUGCAUAUCCACGGUGUUUACACCAACCCCAGUGGCAUCGUGCUCCACCCGGCCGGGUACCAGAACGUGCUGCGCAACACGGAGGUCAUGCGAGAGAUUCAGAAGCUGUAUGAAAAUAAGUCAUUCCUGUUCUUGGGCUGUGGUUGGACUGUUGAUGACACCACGUUUCAGGCCCUGUUUUUAGAGGCUGUGAAGCACAAGUCAGACCUGGAGCACUUCAUGCUCGUACGGAGGGGAGACGUGGAUGAGUUCAAGAAGCUCCGCGAGAACAUGCUGGACAAAGGGAUUAAAGUGAUUUCCUACGGAGAUGAAUACACAGACUUGCCCGAGUACUUUGAGAGGCUGACGAGCGAGAUCGCCAUGCGGGGCCGAACAGGUGUGCCUAAGGAGGGACAACAGCUGAACGGCUCUGCUGCUGCCCACGCUGAGAUAAAAGGAUGCAGCACUUGAGCAUCAGCCUCGCCCCAGGAGCUGUGCCGCGGCGGGGGACUCCCUGGGACGGGCCUAAGGCAGAGCCGGCAGCUCUCAGGGAGGCCGGGGAGGUUUAAGGCUGGUCUAGGUGAGGAGCGAAGGCUGCUGCUGCCCGAGCUGUUACCCACACACACCCCCGAGCCGAGCCGGGAUGCCUCAGGCACAAGAGAGGCCGGGGCAGAGCCUCCUCCUCCGACGGACGUCUGGUUUAACAUAGUCAUUAUCUUUUUAUCAAGGUUCCACAUGCCUGGGGAGCAUGGUCUCCCCAAGGGAGCUGCAACCCCCUCUAAUUUCAUACUUAGUGCUUUUGUAUUCUGUACUUUUAAUUAAAACCAUGAAACUUGA